UGGCCAACGCAAAGAAAUAAUUACUGGUCCCAGAAAUUUUGCACACGACACGCAGGUCGAUUGGCAACUCCCCGAUCGGUGAGUUGUGUGUGUACGACAGAAGUCGUUUUGAAUUUCGCCAGUUUGGGUGGAAAUUGCCUACCCGACAAAGGAUACCUGCUCUAAUUUUUGUGAUAGUGGGAUAACUUUGAAGCGUCAAAAUGAAUCCUGUGUGCGCAUCAUGCAAAAAAACUGUCUAUCCUAUGGAAAAGCUCAACUGUUUGGACAAGUUUUGGCACAAAGGGUGUUUUCGAUGUUCGACCUGUUCGAUGACACUAAAUAUGAAAAAUUACAAAGGUUAUGAUAAGAUGCCGUACUGUGCUGCUCAUUAUCCCACUACAAAGUUUACUGCUGUGGCGGACACUCCAGAAAAUCUGAGAUUGAAGCAGAAUACGAACAACCAGAGCAUUCUUACUUACCAUGCAGAUUAUGAAAAAAUGAAAGGAACUAAACAAACGAUUGCGGACGAUUUGGAAACACUGCGAGCCUCCAAGAGUGCACAGAUUGCCAGUGAAGUUUCGUACCGGGGUGUGAAAGUUCAUCGAGAUGAGCAGGAGAUGCAUAGGCCAGAACAGGCUAUAGAUGACGAGAGACGGAACCCGAGAAACCGAGCUGUGGGGAGAAUCUCAGAUUAUGACCCUGCUGAGACUCAUCCCUCCCCAUACUCUGCUCGCUCUCAGAUGCCCACAAUUUAUGACUCUAACAAGGGCGGUAGAGUGGCUGAAGAUGGAUCUGGUGGCAGGAAAGUGGGCAAAAUUUCAGAUUAUGACCCUGAUCACAAUCAGUGGGGUACGAUAAGUCAAGGAUACGAGGAGCGUGUCCCCGGUCGGUUUGAGCCUGUAAAUCAGUAUAACCCCCCAUCCCAGCCUGCGUCCCAGCCUGGUUACUACCAGGGAGGCCAGCAACCUCAGCAGCCUACACAUCAUACUUGGCAACCUCCGUCAAUGGUAAGGAAACAGCAACAACCACAACAACAGCAGCAGCCUGUUCCUCAACAGGCAUACGGCUACGGAAUGCAGCCAACCUAUGGCCAGCAAGGAUAUAGACAACCAGGGAUGUACCAGCCACCUGCCCCUAGCAGUCAGCAAGGUUAUCAGCCCCCUCCCAAUCAACCCACCUCCCCCUCUUGGAACCCUCAGCCCGCACCGGGCUACGGCCAAAUAUUCAACAAGCCAGGUCAAGGUCAGUGGCAGCCUCAGAGAAGUCAAGGUCAAUCACAAGGGUUUCGUCAAGUUCAGCCAGGUUUUGGGAGAAAAGGUCCACCACAAAAUCCCUCGUACGUGCCGGUACCCCCACAAGGUCCUGUCCCCAAAGCGGCUGGGCCUGGAUACCGUGCUAUCUACGAUUACACCGCUGCUGAUGAAGAUGAGAUCAGCUUUGUCGAAGGCGACAUCAUAAAAGAUGUGACAGUAAUUGAUGAUGGUUGGAUGGAAGGCCGAAAUGCUCGAACUGGCCAAUACGGAAUGCUUCCCUCUAACUAUGUGGAAAGAGUCUGAAAACUUCUUGGAUUUUUUCCUUGGCUUACCUGAUAGUACAAAAUCACUACCACAAUUAACACGAAAACUCUCAACUUGUGGAUUUUUACAUAAUGUUUAAGUGAGAGCUAUACUUACUGGAAUGCAUAUUAAGUAGAUUAUUUUAGUUAACGUAAUGUUAGAUGAACAGCUUGUAGCUAAUCAUUCAUCAUCAGAUUGGCUGUUUAUUUGGUACAAUUAAACUGUUGAAGGCCAGGCCAAAUUUUUACUGCCUGAGCAAAUGUCUUACAUCUGUCUGGUAUUGUACAGUUAAUGUUGGAGUAUGCUAAAUGUAUGAUGUAAUCUGUACCCAAAUUCCCUGUUUGCCAUGGCGGCCAUUUGGGCAAAUGCUGACCUAAUGAAACUAAUUUUUUUAUUGCAUUUAUGGGGUGUAUAUUUUUGAACAUAUUAUUGCUUUAUGUGUACAGUGUACAACCUUCUUACCUCUCUCUGUGUGUUUGGUGCAGAGAGUUUUAUCCUCAGAUCUUUAUAACCUCCUCGGGUGACGUGAUUUGUCUGUAUUCUUGUGAUAAGCAGUCUCCCAUUUAUUGUUCGCUGACUGACCUGUGUGUAGUAUGAAAUUCUCAAUAGUAUACUUAGCUGCUUUUGUUGCAUGUCAGUCAUUAUUCCUGAAUAUUAACAGUCUUGGAUAUUAUAGUGUACAUAUAUAUGAAAUCAUUGCUUUACACAGAUAGCUAUAACCGUGAUCAGUGUACACAACAUGUAGCAACCAAGCAAGAUGUUGAAUUACAACAAGGUGGGGGUUUUUUUUUGUGUAUGAUUAACUUCUAACACCAGCGAAGGACCCAGUAAUCCCUGCUUAAAAAGUGGUGCUAGUUUUAAUUGUAUAUUGUAUACAGGUUAUUUUUAAAUUGCUCUUCUGCAGCAACAGUAGUGUGGAUGUAGACAUCCUUGUUGCCAGGAGGAAUUGUUAUUUUAAAAUCUAAGACUACCAUAUUGUUGGAAAUUAGAUCGAUUGCUGAAUUCUUUUGCAUGAGGCAACAUGCAGUAGCACAAUCAGAUAAACCAGAUAUUCAGUAAUACAUGUAUUCACUCCAUGACUUGGCAAACUGAUGCAAUAAAUGUAUUAUCUACUUUCGGUAAAAUUUCGCAAUGAAAUACAAUGUAACGUUUGAUCAAUUCUGCCUGAACACGAUAGUUACACCAGGUCUGGGUGCGGGAUCACUUUCAUUCAUCUGCUUAUGCGUUUAGUCUUAUGUUAAAGUUUCCAGAAUGUAUACACGUUAAACAAGAGUGUACAUCCUGCUGCAGCUGCUGUCCAUCUAUGUGUAGUCCUCACCAGGUUUGAUAUUAGCAUGGUAUAGAUUUAGUUUUACACACAUUAACACAUUAACGAGUGUUUUAACUAUAUUUUGGGGUGGUGUUCUUGGGUGUCUCUUAUUGAUCAAAGACCUUAGUCUCUGCUUUAACAACAUUUUAAAAUAUUUUGUUACAUUUUGAUUGCACGUAGCCACUCAGAGCUAUUCAGACAUGUUAAUGGCUUGCAUACAUUUGUACAAUAAUAAAUAAAUAUUCUUGAUACACUG